AAAACAUGGCAAAAAGACGAUUGAUUUUUGCGUGCACUGUCAUGGUAGAAAAACUGAAAGCUGAAGCUUACGACACGCAAGGAGUCUAGCGCAACCUGGAAAAAAAUGCUAGAAGUAUGCCAAAAUUAUGAACCAAAAGGAACUAAGAUCCAUACAGAAGCACCCAAAGGGGCAGUAACAAUCUCACAGUUCGUCAAAGGAACGAGAGAAGGAACUUUAGACCGCAAGUCAUUGGAUGCAAUGGAUGAUACUACCCAGCAUAAUAUAAUUGCCACCGGCCAACAUAGAAAGGAUAUAGAUACAGCAUCUACAUCACCAGAGUCAAACUCGGUUAUCACGGAAUACAGAAAUGGAUAUAUGUGGAAAACAAACCAAUACACCUCAGACAACAAGGACUGUAAAGCAACACGCAACAUGUACAACAGACAAUCGUGGGAAAGCGAAAAAUACCAUGGAGCUUUGUCAGAUAGCAAUCCAAACGGAAGACUAUCCUCAAGUGCCGAAAUGAAUACAACAAUGCUCUGUAAAAGGGUGGGAGAUGCAAAAUACCACCAAAUUACAGAGACAGGUAGCGAAUCGCAAAGAGUACAAAGCUCUGAAGGAGGUAUAUAUAUAUCGGACAUAUCGGAAAGCAUUUUCGCGAAAACGAAACGCUCAAACUCCUUCACAGGAGCAGCGUCAUACGGAGAGCAAACAUCACAACAGAAUAAACAAAACGACACAGAUACAAGCUAUAGCCUCGCAGAAACAGAAAAUGGAAUCCUGCUGAAUGCAUUCGUAACUGACCUGAGAAAUAAAAGAAAAACAAACAGAAACUACCCAAACGAUCUCCUGUCAUUUACAAACAACAAAUUUACAUAUAUUAAAGGACCAUUGGGAUUCCCAACGAUAUUCAGAGAUUCGCAACAAAAUGAAAUGAUCAAAAGCGAAUCGAGCACGAUGCCUCUCACCGUAUUCUCAGCGUACACGCCAUCGCAUAUAGAAGAGAACGCAAUCGCAGUUCAACCAACAGAUAAAGUGCACCUGCUAGCAAGACAUAACCAAUGGAUAUACGUAAGAAUAGCAUUCUCAAAGCGUAUAGAAUCAAAAGGGAAAACAGGUUGGAUACCAGAAUAUACGCUAAUAGAACCCGAACUGUUCUCACGUAGACUGUUGCAUACAGCAAACCGCACACAUACUUUUAAUAAAUUUGUAUAGUCAUGUAUCAAAAUGAAUGAUCGCGAAAUAGAACACUCAAACGAUAAAAUAUGGCCAGCAACAACGUUCA